AUGAAUGGGAACGGGACUCGAAGAGUACGCACGAAUAAGGGCGUUCCAAGAGUAAAGAUUUGGGUUGGGAAUUUGAUCAAACACUUUGCGGGCAUACUGAAUGCUGGAGAAUUGAGACAAAGCAGAUGCUUGAAUGAGUUUGCUGGCCGAGUAAGGAUCAAAAAAGAGGCCAGUUCGGAGCAUUCUCGCAUGGAUUUGUUUGAGGUGCUCGGUGCUAGAGCAAUGAUCGAUCAUUGUGAUUAUCGGAUGGUUUGCAAAGUAUCGGUCAUUGUUGACGGUGGGAAAAUUGGGAUUCAGGUAGUUACAUUGAAUAUUCAUGUUUGGAGCAGCCAUAAAUUUCCUGAGCUCAAAUGA